GAAAUCUGAUUCACAAGUUGAGGAUCCUGGAAGACAAAAGCGGGGUGAAUGGGAGGGAGAGUGACGGUGAACAGUCGCGCGCACACGACAGCCAGCGAGUUAAGAUAGCGCCGAUUCCCGAAUCUGAAGCGUCUACCUCCACGAUGAACUGCCGGGAAGGGUCAGGAUGACGCAGGAUCGGAGCAGAGGAAAAGAGAGUCCGGAGCUUGUUGAAAGACUCCUCUGCCUCAGGAGUCCAGGCGAAAAUCCUCUUAGUGGAGGCCAUCAUAUUUGGGACUAUGACCACCUCCAGGCUUCAGAAUAGAGACAGUCAGAACACAGAGGAGGAACUCAACAGCAUGAAGGAGUCCAUCAGUGACAUCAUCAACCAGCUCCAGGACAUCGACCCAGCCAGACUCUCCUUCUCACCAUUCCUUGACAUGGAAACUCAGAUCUGCAUGGCGCAUGUGUCCGACAGUCCAGAGUCUUCGGUAGAGGAGCUGUACUCAUCUUCUCAGUCUGUCUCCCAGCACUCCCUUGGGCCUCCACUGAUGCUGGAUCAGCAGAACCGCUGCCACGUGGAACACCAAAAUGACCCCCCAGAGGGGUCAUAUAUCGACAGUCAAGGAGAAGAGCCAGAAGUUACCAGUCCCAUCAUCACAGCAGACAAUUUAGAAAGUACCAUGGAAAAUAGUCUUCCAACCUCAGUCUCACAAGGAGACGUUCCCAAUGGCAUGCAAGUGCCGAGUUGGAAUCCAGAAACCACUCAUCUGAAUGCAACUGUCAAUGAGGACUGUCUUCUGAUAUGGCAACCUCUUGAGAGCAUGGAGCUGUCAGUGAGGGGUGCUGAGGCUGGAGAAGAUACUCAGGUGGUGGUGGGGGAGGUCUCUGGAGAAGGAUGCUGUUGCAGGUGUAAAUGCUGGGAGAGCAGCAAAGUUCCUGCUUUCCUGUCAGUGUUGGCUUCGCUGCUGUGUGCUGCCGGAAUCAUCUAUGGACUCUAUUUUUACGUCCCUGUGCAACUGCCCGACUUUCCAGAUUUGCGUGGACGCAUGACGUUCACUCUCUGCUGCUGCUUGGUGGCCUCCCUGCCCAUCCUGCUUGCAAUGAUGAUGGGCCCAGUCUGUCAGUUCUGCAGUGCCUCCCUCACCCUGCAGGCGUCGCAAUUGAAGCAGCAGAUGUUUGUCAAAGCAUCUCUGGAGAUACUGUUCCUUUAUGUCCUCAAUCUUCUUGUCAUGACCUCCAUGCUGCCGCAAGAGGAGAUUAAGUUAGUGCCCAUACUGGUGGUCAUGUUCAUCACUGGAAGGGUCAUUUACUUGCUCAGCUUGUACAAUUGCAGUUCCUGGCGAGGCUUCGGCUCCGGCCUGACCGUCUUCCCUCUGCUCGCCAUGGUGGCGCUCAACGUGUACCUCAUAUACACGUUGUUUCCCAGGGACUACUUGUUUGGCUACCGCGACGUUAUCUAUACUCAGGUCACCGCCCCAUACUGGUCUGGAAACGCAACACAGGGCCCAAGUAGCAAACCAGACAUUCACCCUACAGACGCUUUUCAGAAAUAGUUAAUUCCAUUGGCUGCAGAGCUUUACAUCUUCUCCUGUUUGUGACAGACUCACUCAUUGUGUGUGGAAAAUAAUGACGAUUUGUCCUUUUUAUACCAAAUACAAGUGCCCCAGUGGAGAAGAAAGCCUUUUGAACAACACUCGUGGUCCAGUCCAGAGCCUGUGUUUGACGUUGGAAUUCUUGAGUACUUUUUUUCUUUUAACUUAGAUAUUUUUAACCAAAUUUGGUUUUGACC